AUGUACGACGCGCCGCCCGGGCCGCGGCCGCCCAUCCGCAUGUAUGUAUGUACACUAUGGACAUAUGGAUAUGGAUGGAUAAAAGAAACGUUAUCGUUUCAUAACGUUUACGAAAUAAAGUACGAUCGUAACAACAGUUCAUCGUACCUGGUAUUUAAAGAAUCGAUACCAGACGCUUAUCAAUCAAGUUCAAGUUAUAUCGUCAUAGUUACGGAGUACAAACACCGCCCCUUGCUUUCGACACUUUUCCCGCAAUACGACACACGCAUCAGUUUCUAUCGCAGAAAAAGUAAGGCAAGUUGUAACCCACGUAUGUAUACUGCUCCCGUACCUAAAAUGCCUCCCGGAAUUGUCGAGCUAAUGGAAGGUCUGGCAAAAGAUGUUCUUAAGUGUAAUCCUCCUGAUGUUUAUUCGUUCUGUGCUGACCACAUGAAGAAACUUAUAGAAAUCAGAGACGGUCCAACUCCUAAACGUGUUUUGACUUUGGACCAUAAAAUAGCAACUGCUACUACAAAAAUAAGAGAAAGAGCGUUACGGCGUCGCAAAGAUUAUGAUAAUGAAAUGCAAACUCGGUCAGAAAUUAAAAACGAUGAAGGCUCUGAAACUAUAGAUUUGAGUCAAAAUAAUUCUGAUGCUGGACAAUACACAAAAGAUAAGAUAGUAAUAAUUCCAGAAAAAGAUUUAAUUGGUGAUGUAGAACAUGAGAUUAUUGUAAAAAUAAAAGAAAAUACCUUAUUGUCUGGAUCUGUGAAAUCGACAGAAAUGGAUACGGAUUUGACAUUAGAAGCAAUUAAAACGCACGAUAAUGCCUUGCUGCCUAAAUCUGCUGAAGAAUCUACGAAAAUGAAUGAUGUUAGGGAACAUUCAGAAACAAAUUUAACUGAAAAUAUUUACUCAUCAGCUCAUGAAAAAGUGCAAGAAAACGAACUAAAUGAAAAAAAGAAUAUCGAAAUAGACCAAAUAGACGUUGAUCCUCUCCCGAAUAAUGAAGAAAAUUGUUUUGAACCAGUUAGUGACACUCAAAAUUCUAAUGCACCUUUGAUAAUAAACCAAAGUCACCAUGAAUGUGAAACAUCAUCCAAUAAGUAUAAUAUAGAUACUCAAAUAAAUACAGGUGACUUAAACAAUAGCAAGGAAAUAAUAAACGGUUCCACUGAAGUUGGCGAGCAAAACUAUAUAUAUGAUUGCGAAGAAAAAGACAGUUCUGAAGUAAUUAAUUCCAAUAAUAAAAAUGCGGCGGCACAUACUGAUAUUGGUAUGAUAAGUAAUAAAGACCUUUCUUUAAACAUUUUCGAUGCUCAAGAAAACGAUAUAUCUUUGCCUACACUUCCUUUAGCAAUGUCUGAUGAAGAUGAUACACUGAGCGCAAAUAACAUCGAAAGUAGCGUAAAUAAUACUUCAAUGGAUCUAGAAACCGCUGCAAUAACUAUACAAAAAGUAUUCCGAAAUUUUCUUUUUAAAAACAAAAGUUUAAGUACAGAUGAUGCUACAAACGUCGAUAUUAAUUCAUUAAUUGAAGAUAAAAAUGAUAAGGUAAUUAAUCCUUUUAUUCAUAUAAUAAAUAUUAAUAAAGAUCGGAGAAGUUUGGGCCUAGGUAGGAUUGAUACUGUUUUACAAACAGUAAAUGAAGAGAAAUCUUUAUCCCAAUCAACUGACGAUUCAUCGACCCUGUCUAGUGCGGCCACAAUAAUACAGGCACAUGUGAGAGGAUUUUUAACCAGAAAUAAGUUUAAUUUAAAAAAUUCGUCUACUACUUCUGGAAUUGAUUCUGAUGGAUUUUCUUUAACUUCUAUAGACGGAGACAAUGAAUAUCGAAAAAAUAAAACAGUUUUAAAUAUACACAUAGUCCCCGAAAGUGGGCAUUUUAUAAGCAGAGAUGAAAGUGUUCUCACUUCUAUAGAUUUGUCGUUAGAUGGUAGCCCGCCGAGUUCCACCAAUUUGCAACCUCUUGGUUAUGAAAGGAAUGAAAGACGAAAGCAAUUGAGAAGAGAGGAUGCAAUUCAGUCGAUUUCACCUCCUAGUAAUAAUAGCGGGAAGAGCGAGGAGAUCGAUUCUAUAAAAGAAAUACUGAUAAACAAAGAAAAUAAUAAAAAUGAAAUCCCAUUACGAGUAGAAACGGGUAAUACAAUAGCAGACGCCACAGAGAUUGUUUCAGCAGCCGUACAUUAUAAUGAUGUUAACGAUGUUGAUACUGCAUUAGAAGUUAAAAGCUUGGGGCCUAUCGAGAGCCCGGUAAAAUAUAUAAUAGGUGAACGACCGCAGUCUUUACCUGAAAUGACUGCAGAUGAAAUGGAUGUUAUAACACCAUUUACCCCUUCGGAAGAAAAGGUUUCAAGCGAUUCUAAUUUAAUCCAUUCGGGCGAAUUUCACGAAGUCCUUCUACCAACAAAAGUGACUCGCGGUGAUACCUCUGUCGUCCGUGGUGAGUGAAGACAUCUAUUAUCAGGUGAUAAAACUUUUAUCUUCUAUUAAGGCCAACGCAUGACUGCUUAGAA